CUAUAGUUGGCACUCUAUGUUCUACUAGACCUGGACCAAUGAGAAGGUACGUAUAUAGAGGUCGGUAGAACCUUUCUCUGCUUUUCUCCUCCUGGCUGCGAGGUGGGUGCUACGUCACAUACUCAGGAGUUGGACCUGGAUCGAAGGGCAGCCCUCCAGUUGUCUUAAGAACUCCCAGUCUUCCAGCCAGGGUUUCUGUCUGAACUGAAAUUGUAGCCACAAAACAUCUGGAGAUUAUCAGGUUCAGGUUAACCGUCUUUGAGAAAAUGGGAUAUGAUGUGGAGCGCUUCGUUGGUUAUGUUAAUGAAGGGCUGCUUUGUUGCAUCUGCCGAGAUGUGCUUCAGGAGCCUCUGCAAGCUCCUUGCGAACAUGCCUUUUGCACUUCCUGCAUCCAUGGAUGGCUCGUUCAACACAACAGCUGCCCAGAGGAUCGCCAGCUCCUUGAUUUGUCCGUCCUUCGACCACUUUACAGGUACAUGAGGAAUGAUCUUAAUCGACUUCAGCUUCACUGCAGAAACAGAGAGAGUGGCUGUGAAAUAGUCUGUUCCCUAGAAUCUAUUGGCCGACAUGAACACGAGUGCGAAUACAGACAGAUACCCUGUUCAAAUAGUGGUUGUCCGCUCCAAGUUGAACGGCGUAACUUAGAUAACCACUUGGUAGUGUGUGAAUUUCGGAGUCGUGAAUGCCCCAAUGGCUGUGGAUAUACCAUGCUCAGUGCUGGAGAUGCCCAGCACAACUGUGUGGCAGAGCUGAGAACUGAACUAGAGUUACUCAGAUCAGAGAUGAUCUACCAAAUGGAAGAAGCAAAACAUGAGAUGCAGUCUCGCUUAGAUUCUCAGAGGAGACACAUGGUGCAAAAAGAGAGUUUUUUGCAAAAUGAAAUUGAAGAACUUAAGAGUCAAAUGUCCAAGAUGAUGUCUAAAAUACAGACUCUGAUGGCAACGGAAAGACAACACCGCCAAGAUUUGGAGCAGGCAGGACUUGAAAAACGCGAAUUGCUGGAGUUAAUGAAGAACUUCCAAAAAGACGGCCCCUCGCCUACAGAUGGAAGCAAGAAAACCACACAUUUCCAACCUCUAUCACGACUGGAAAGUAUGAAACGAAAGACAUGGGAGGCCACAGCCAUAUAAGCUGAAAGUUUUAAAACCACUUUCACUGAACUUUGAAUUAAUUUUUAGAGGGCAAAAUUGUUAAGUUUCUUGUUCUGAAAAAUAUCAGUUCUAUGCAUUUAUAGACCUGUUUAUUCCUUGGGAUCCUUUCAAAGCUCUCUGAGUUUGGGAAGAACUGUGCUUAAAAGAGAGCACCCUCAAGAGUUAACCAUUUCAGGAGUCAGUGUUAGGAAUUUAAAAGCCGGGGAAUGAUUUGAAAAUUUUGUUCCAUGUGAAGAUCCAUUUGUCUAUUUUUUUUUUCCUCAAAUGAGUAACAUGUUCUUUCUGCUAUUUAUGAACAGGGUAUUCAAAAAAUCUUAAGAGACAUGAAGAUUAAGGGACACAAGACCUUAGUUUUAAUAUGAAAAUUAUAGGAAUAGAAGUUUCAGCAAAAAACUACAACCUUUCUUCAGUAGUUAAUAUUCUAAACUAUGCAAGAUAAAUUAUUGGAUCAUGAUUAUUACUGUACAUCAGUGAGGAGGGGGGUUUCAGGUAAUUUGCAAAUCUCCAAAGUAGUCUAAUUCUCAGCCAAUAGGUGGAAGACAAAGUAAUAAUAAAUUUAAGCCUUUAUUUUCAGUUUUAAAAAAGCUACUCCCCACAGUUAAGAUCUAAAGAGAGGAUUUUACAGUGCCUUUAUAACCCUAACCCUUAUGUUAGAUAUGGGAUGCUACUGCAGAAGUGCAAUAUAGUUAACAUGAUUUAUAAGUUAACCUUACAGCCCAACCUACCUCAUAUGGUUGCUGCAGGAAUAAAAUUGGAGGAGGAAAUACUAUAUAUUAAACUUGAGCUCCCAGAAUAAAGAUAUCACCCUAAUAAAAAAAUUAAGUUCACACCAGAGCAGUUCUCCCAUAACUACAUUUGAAUCAAAUCUGUUUAUGUUAAUGAGCAUAUCAAUUUUCCAUUACCAUAAUAAGAACAUAAAACUCAUUUCUAAUAUAAACUAGUUUUUCCAUACUGACUGCUAUGUUUUAAUGAAGACAGUGCAGAAUAGCAUUAGAUUAACAUGUUUUCCAGUAUUGUAAUACUUCAAGAGAUUUGUAAACACUGUAAUAGUUUUUAAUAUUACAAAUACUCAGCUACUACAAAAAUUAAUAUUACAAAUAGCUACUAGGAAAAGCAUAUCCAAGAGCUAAUAAAGCUAAUGAAUAUUUUUGCAAGUAUGAUCAAAAACUGGAUUUUUGGAGCCAAGGACUGUUUAAUGAAAAAUUGUCAAUACACAAAAGAUGAAGGGUCAUACAGGAAUUUACUCUUUGGGAAACUGGAUCUGCACAAAAAUAAAUUAACAAGACUAUCACAAAUUUGAUCAUGUAUAAUAAUGCUUGGUGAAAGAACAGUAGAAGAGGUGUGACUGUAGACUACUAAAAUGUACAUCUUUGUUCAUCUUUCUUUGAAAUAAAUACUUUCAGUAUCCA